AUGGAGGAGCUUACUGGGCCUUCAUUGAGGGCCAAGCACCAGGCACAGCUGGUGGAUAAGGGGAAGGGGAAAGAGUUGGGUACAGAUGAGACUCAAAGGAUUUGGCUUCUGGGAUCCAAAGAUGCACCCACAGAAACUAUGGCUAUGACCACUGGAGUUGUGAUGCAGAAGCUGGGAAAUGAGGAGGAUCAGAACAGGGAGAAGGCAUGGGGCCAUAGCCAGUCAAGAUGUGGCCAGCCAGCAGCCAAGCCUGUCAAUGCCAGUGAUCAGACCAGUAGAGGCCAGAGCCAGUCAAGGAGACCAAUGAAGAAGGUGAAGCCAGCAGUCAACAAGGAUGUGCAGGACUGUCCAUCCAAAGUAACAAGCUGUCAUUCAUCCCCUGGCCCAUGGACUGGCCACCCCAUGGAAAUUAUUACUCCAUCAUGGCUACCCCAGUCAUGGUCUCAUGCAAGAAGCAUUGCAACAGACCCACCCAUCACUCCAGCACCAACUACUACAACUGGUGCUGAUGAUCUGUGCCAUUGUGAUGAGUAUCAGGAAGAGGUUACCAUCCUCAAGCAGGAGAAUGCUGACAUGAGGUUCAAUCAUCCUGAAGUCGCUCAAGACAGGAGUCCACUGAACCCCCCAGCUUCAUUUGAGGGAGGUGCCAGCUUUGAAGUGCCUCCUUCGAAUGUCAAAGCUGUGCAUGGACCUGCUGGAGGUCUGGCAAUCUCUAUUACUCCACCACCACCAGCAGUUGGAUCAGUGCCCAGACAGGAAGAUACUGGAAAACCAAUCUGGUAUGGUGAUGUCUGUACCAAGGCCAUGGUGUUACAAGUGCUAAGGGCCAAUGGAGUCAUGCAUGAUGGUGACUUUCAUGGUAUUGUUCUGGCUUGCUGGAGGCUUCUUCUGGUCAUUACCAGAGCCACCAUUGUGGUAAUACAUGCAUCUCUGGCAUGGUACUGGUACCAGUAUGUGCUGGAAUGGCUUCCAUGGCAUUGGUGUUGUGCUGGAAUACAUUACAAUGGUGCUGGAAUGGCUUUCAUGAUGGCCCCAUGGCAUUGGGGAUGUGCUGGCACUCAUUACACAGGUGCCAGGAUGGCCUGCAUGAUGGACCUGUGGCAUUGGGGAUAUGCUGGAAUACAUGGAACUGGUGCUGGGCCAGCCUCCAUGGCAUUGGUCUGGUGCUGGUACACAUUACAAUGGUGCCAGAAUGGCCUUCACAAUAGGCCUCAUGGUAUUGGGGAUGUGCCAGAAUACAUGGCAUAG